AUGGCUACUGAUUUACCUCGUGUAAGUGUUCAAGAUGUUUUGAAUUGUUCUUUUUCAGUUUGGUAUCCAAUAUUUGCAAAGUAUUCCAUUAAAAGUGUGAUUCUUAAUUUGACUGAUGAUGUUUUGGAAUAUCUGCGAUCCGAUGAAUUCUAUCUACCGAUGAGUGCCAAUGAAGCAAUGGAUAAUAUGCGUCAAAUUAAUGCUGAAACAUCUGACGAGGACGAUCCCUGGCCCGAUGAAGACACAUGCGAUGAUACAACAAAAAAAAUUUCGUUUCCUGAAUUAGAACAAAAUAUAAAAAAUGUACUAGAUGAAUAUAAUGCUGUAUUUCCAAAAUUGAAUUGGAGUAGUGCGAAAGAUGCUCGAUGGAUGAUAAGCGAUAGUCGAUUAAAAUGUAUGAAUUUAGCUGAUAUAUUCUUACUUUUGAAAAGCUCAGAUUUUAUCGCACAUGAUCUUUGUGAACCAUUUAAAUUUUGUUAUGAUGCUACCGAUGAUUAUUUACCAAUAAUUCAGUAUGUACUUGUAUUAAGAGAAUGGUCAGCUCUACAACCAUCAAAAGAAUUUCGAUGUUUUGUAAAAAAUAAUCAAAUUGUUGCUAUUAGUCAACGUGAUAGUGAAAAUUAUUAUGAAUUUAUUGGAGCAACAGCUGAUCAAAUCGUUAGUAAUAUAGUUGCAUUUUUUCAUAACAAUAUUCAAAAUAAAUUUCCAUCGACUGAUUUUGUUAUUGAUAUUUAUCGUAAGGAUUCUAAUAAAUUAUAUAUCAUUGAUUUUAAUCCAUGGGGUCCAAUGACCGAUAGUUUACUGUUUGAUUGGCCUGAUUUAGUUAAUUUAUCAUUACAAAACAACAAUGAUGAGCCAGAAUUUCGUUAUGUUAAUUCACAACAUGGCAUUAAACCAAAUAGUUAUACACAAUAUGCAAUGCCAAAAGACAUUGCUGAUAUAUCUCGAGAACGUGAUAUUAAUAAAUUAGUGGAUGUCCUAUCGAGUCAAAUACAAGUGCAAAAUAAAAAUGCGGAUAGUGACAAUGACAGAAAUUUAGCAGGGAAAAAGAAAAGAAUAUUGAGUGGAACAAAUGUUUGUUCUUGGUUAUAUUGA